AUGGAUAGACCUCAAUCGAACUACUUUGGUGCUGGACCAGCACAAUUACCAUUGCCAGUUUUACAACAGGCUGCCAAGGAUUUGAUCAAUUUCCAGGAUGAAGGUCUGGGUAUUGGUGAAAUCUCUCAUCGUUCUAAGGCUGCUGCUAAGGUUAUUACCGAUACUAAGGCUCAUUUGAAGGAAUUGUUUGCAAUUCCAGAUACCCACGAAGUUUUUUUCUUGCAAGGUGGUGGCACCACGGGGUUUUCAUCCGUUGCAUCCAACUUGUCUGCAGCUCAUUUCGGUAAGACCGGUGAGGUAGGUACUGCAGCCUACCUGAUCACUGGUUCAUGGUCUGAAAAAUCUUCUCAGGAGAGCGAAAGGUUAGGUGUUCCAACGGAGGUUAUCUUUAAUGUGAAGAAAGACAAUGGUAGAUUUGGAACUAUCCCAGAAUCAAGCACUUGGGUCCAGAAAUUGGAUGCUAAGAAGCAUUCAUAUGUGUAUCUUUGUGAAAAUGAAACAGUUCACGGUGUUGAAUGGCCAGAGCAAUUGCCUCGAGAAUUGAUUGACUCAAAGGUUCCUAUCGUCGCGGAUUUAUCCUCUGACAUUUUGUCCCGUAAGAUCAAUGUCGCUGAUUAUUCCUUGAUUAUGGCGGGUGCUCAGAAAAACAUUGGGUUAGCAGGGUUGACCUUGUACAUCAUUAAAAAAGACAUACUGGAUGACAUUGCAAAAGUUUCUCCAAAGCAAUUGAGGGAUGCUUCUCUACCAGUCUCACCAAUUGCCACUGAUUAUCCAACUGUAGUGAAAAAUGACUCUGCUUAUAACACCAUUCCUAUCUUCACCUUACAUAUCAUUGACUUAGUUUUACAACGCCUAUUGGAACAAGGGGGAAUUGAGAGCCAACAAAAAGAAAACGAGGAAAAAGCUAAGAUCUUGUAUGAAGCUCUAGACAAAUUCCCAGAGUUCUACAAUCUGCCAGUAGACAAAAAAUACAGAUCAAAAAUGAAUGUAGUCUUCACCAUUAAGAAGGACGGUUUGGAUUCUAAAUUUUUGGAAGAAGCUACUAAGCUAAAUCUAACUGGGCUCAAGGGUCACAGAUCAGUAGGUGGGUUCAGAGCAUCUUUGUACAAUGCUGUUGAAUUGUCUAGUGUUAAGCUGUUAGUCGAUUUUGUCACCAAGUUUGCAGAGAACAAUCAAUGA